ACACAUAGUCAACAGAUGUUCAUUAAUUCUGGUUAAAUCAUGGCUAAAAAGUAAAAUAUAUUGAAUUUAGGAUCAAAACUGAACCACGUUCCUGGCUUUUUGAAGGUUUAUUUUGUGUGAAGACUCAGUCAAGAAGAGUUUGGCCCAACGUUGGAUGCCCUCGUUUCGGAUUGUCGGAUUUCGUUAAGUGUGUGACGACUUCAAGUUUCGGCUGAGAAAGGCACAAAAGAAAGACAUCUGGGGGUGGAAGACAUCGAAGCCAACUUUUGCGUUGGCCUCACACGUCAGCACCUACUCAUCUGUUGAUCAGUUGUCAUGGAAACAAGACUUUAAUUGGAGAAUUCGGCACAAUUAUCAAGCAUCAUGGACCUUCCGGGAAAGCUUAAGAGUUUUGACGUCUGCGAAACCACAGCCGGUGGAAAGGCAGGUUCGAGAGAAUUCUGUGAAAGGUCAUGACAAGCGAGCUGUACACUACGUCAAACAAGGCCUUCAAUUUGUGAUUUGUUUGCCAGCCUACCAUCUCCUAAUAACAAGGAUUGUUUCUUCGCCAAUUUAGACUCAUUAAAAAAGGGACCCUUGCUCAAGAUUCUGUAAGGAAAUUUUAGAAUCAGGUUGCUAAGGCAACAGGUCUGAAACAUCUGAAGUCACUGACAGAAAUAUAUUGUCACAAGUAAGCUGCGCCAUGUCCAGUCCUGUUUGUGAACUUGGUGUUGAGUCCCUCAAGCCCGAAAUUGUUGUUGCCAAAAUUGUUCGCUUGGAGUAAACAAAAGUUGUCCUUGCUUGAAUUCUGUAAACAAAACAAAAAAAUAUUUAGCAUUGGGUUGCUAAGUCAACAGAUCUGAAAAAAAGCAAAACUCACCCAAAGAAUUUUGACAUAAGAACACCACGUCCACCCAAUUUGUGAUUUGGCAUUGAAAACAACAAUCCCAAGUUUUGUCUCCUCUGAUUUCAAAAAGCUUAACGUGACAAAGCCAGUUUGCGAAUUUGGCAUUUAAACAAAAAUUAGGACAAACAAGCCGAAACUGUCCAAAUUUUUAGACUCUUGGAUUUAAGAAAACUUGUUGUGACAACCAAGUUUGUGGGUUUGACAUUGAAAGCAGCCUGGACACACGAGCGAAAAAACUCUCGCAAAUUUGAACUCCUACGAUCGAACAAAACUUGCCGCUAAGCAAGCAACCCUGCCCUCUACAUGCAUCUGAAGAUGAUCCAGUCGCGCACCUACACCAUCACCUUGCACACGCACAGCGCCUUCACCGUCAUGAACGAGCUGCGGCAGCGGCAGGAGCUGUGCGACGUGGUGCUGCGCCUGGAGGACCAGGCGUUCCGCGCCCACAAGGUGGUGCUGGCGGGCUGCUCGCCGUACCUGCGCGCCAUGUUCACCAACGGGAUGAAGGAGACGGCGAAGAACCACGUCGAGAUCCACGGCGUGGACCCGGUCGCGAUGGAGAUCAUUCUGACUUUCAUGUACACGGGCUUCAUCGAGAUCAACGUGGAGAACGUACAGAUCGUGCUAGCCGGUGCCAGCAUGCUGUCUAUGAGUAGCCUGCGCAACGUGUGCUGCACGUUCCUGCAGUCACAGCUGGAUGCCAGUAACUGCCUCGGUAUCCACUCCUUUGCUGACAUGUACUCCUGCACGGACCUGGAGAACACGUCCCGUCGCUUCAUCUACCAGCACUUCCGGGAGGUGAUCAGGUCGGAGGAGUUCUUCGUCCUGGCUGAGCAGGACGUGGUGGCGCUGCUGAAGAGCGACCAGCUACAGGUGGAUGGAGAGGAGGAGGUGUACGAGGCUGCCGUCUCCUGGCUGAGCUACGACCUGCAGAACCGCAGUCGCUGCUGCUGCACCGUGCUGCAACACAUCCGCCUGGCGCUACUGGACAAGGACUACCUCCUCCAGCGAGUCCACCAAUCAGAACUCAUCAACCGCUGCUCCAAGUGCCGGGACCGGCUCGCCAACGCGCUGCGCAUCCGCAACGACAACCAGGCACUGGCGCUCAUCGGUAGCCGGUCCCAGCCUCAGAGUAUCUACGUGGUUGGGGGACGGAACAGCGUGGAUUGUCAGUUGAGCAGCUGCGAGCGGUACGACGUGUCGCGGGACCGGUGGGUGCCACAGGAGAGCAUGUCCAUAUCGCGGACGGCCGUGGGCGCGGCCACAGUGAACGGCCUCCUGUACGCGGUGGGCGGGGAAUGUGCCUUCAGCGGUAGCCGUGAUGACCAGACCAUGUAUCUAGGCCAGGUGGAGUGCUACGACCCGCUGCUCAAGCGUUGGAACCCGCGAUCCAACCUCAACGUGCCGCGAUCCUUCAUGGCAUUAGCCAGCCUGGGUGGUCACCUUUAUGCCUUAGGUGGAGAGAAUGCCAGCAGCAGCUACAACGUAGUAGAGCGAUACAGCCCUAUAACAGAUGACUGGAACUUCAUGCCCAACAUGAAGCAGAAGAGAUCAGGCUGUGGGGUGGCAGUGUGCGACGGCAAAGUCUACGUCGCUGGUGGAUAUGACAAGAGUUAUCACACGGAUCGGGCCAGCGUGGAAUGCUUUGAUCCCGAGACAGAAGAGUGGACGUUUGUAGCCGAGAUGGAGAAAGCUCGAUCCGGUCUGGCGUUGGUGGCCAUGGAUCAUUACAUAUAUGCCUUCGGUGGCCGGCUGCGACACACGGACCAGUAUUUCAAUAUAGCUGAGAGGUACAACACACAAACACACCAGUGGUCUUCCAUCCGUUCCCUCCAGACCCCCCGUGCCUGGCCCGCGGUGGCCAUCUUCGACAACAAGAUCUACGUCAUGGGAGGCUUCGACGGCACCAAUCGGCUGCGCGGCGUGGAGAUCUACGACCCGUACACGGACACGUGGACGGUGGCGAGCAACAUGAACGUCGCGCGGGCCGGCUGCGGGGCUGCUGUGGUCUGAUAUAACCACAGUAAUAUCAUAUAUUAUGAAAUGAAACAAAUUGCAUAACGGAAACUUAAAAAAAUGGGAAAUUUUGAUUUUUGGUUGUGGAAAAGACUGUUAGGUAAAACUAGAUAUCAAAACAAAAAACCAACCUUUUUUGGUUAUGGCACACACUUGGCCAUGUUGUAGGAUAUUUUAUUUUAAGCAUCG